CUGCGCGGCGGGGCUGAGGCGGCCGCGGCGGCCGGAGCGCUGGAAGCAGGCAUUUGGCUCCUGACCUCGGUGUGGACGGCAGCAGGGCCUGGGACGCAGGGGAAAGCAGUGUUUCUUGGAAAAACUGAAAAAGCUCUCUGGACGCCGGGGCCCAGAGCUGAUGGCAGACAAUGUCAGCCACUAACAACAUAGCCCAGGCCCGGAAGCUGGUGGAGCAGCUCCGCAUCGAGGCCGGGAUCGAGCGCAUCAAGGUCUCCAAAGCCUCGUCGGAACUCAUGAGUUACUGUGAGCAGCAUGCCCGGAACGACCCCCUGCUGGUUGGCGUCCCUGCCUCCGAGAACCCCUUUAAAGACAAGAAGCCUUGUAUUAUCCUAUAGCUGUUUCCUCGUGUGCUCGACUCCUCUCUCGCUGUCUCUCACUCGCUGUCUCUCUCUGGCUCAGUCAGGCAUCGUUCAGCACGUAGCCCGAGCCAAACAGUUCAAGCCCCCAGCAUUUUCAGUUCCAAACCACGGGCACACAGUUACCCGUCGGCGCCCUCUGGGUCUCGAUGGGUUUCCAGGCCUGACGGCGCAGCCCUCUCAUGGGCGGGAGAGAAGGCAGUGGCCUCACAGCCGCUCCCCGUCAGGAAUAACUGAAAUUCCCGACAUGGUGACGAUUCUUUAAGACUCUCCAUUGCCCGGACUGUGGCCUGAGCCCCUCUGGGCGGGAGAGGGGGCAGGAGCAGGUGCAUGCACACCAAGCCAGGCCCCCGGCCAGGUCAGUCCCGUACAAUUGGCCAUUUGUGAAAAGACUUUGACCAGCUUGCUGCCUCGAUGCUCUAUUUUAUUUUUAUUUUUCAAGCAGAGGGAAAUUGGGUAGUGGGGUGGGAGUGGGGGACAUAAGGAACUUUUUGGUAAAAUCUCUCCUUUUCAUGUAAAAACUUGUUUUUCCAUACUGCUAAAAUCAGGUUUUCAUGGCUGAACUAACAGCUAAUCUUGGUGUAACCAUACACAGAUGGAUUUUAGGGGCCAGGAGGGAGGCAGAGCCAGGAGGGGUGUGUUGUCUGUGAAACUCACCCUGUGUCAGCGAGUGUCACCCCAACACAUGACAAUUCUGUGGCAUGUGCCACUAACAGCCACGCCACAGGCCCCGCCCUCUCUUCAGGAACCUGCUGUGCUCUGCUGUGCUCUGCCAUGCGUGAGUGAUCGGAUCUGGCGCCUCCUUUUUGUCCACGUCCACGCAUCGCUGUGGCCGUUUUCCAAGCAGAACAGCCACAGUGCAAUGGGGGUGGGGGGGCUACUGGGGGGCCGCCUGGACUUCAGCACCUGCAAAUGAUCUAUAAGCUGUUCUGAAGGCUGCAGAGAUGAGCUCUUUUGUCCCAAAAACGAAACCCACUGGCAGCUCUGCUCCUCCCACCCCCACACUCGGGGACGUUUCACUUUCACACCCCAAACAGCGCGGAACUUCUGGUUGGAGGAAGUGAGAUGUGCUGCGAGUCGAAUUCAUCACUCAACCUGGCGGACGGAAAUUAAAGAUGUCAUGGGAUUGAAGGUUGGAAGCAAGGUGGCGCUUUUAUCUAAACCACUUUUUCCUCUAUUACGAAGUUGACCGUGAAAGGAGCAGGAGUGUGAAGAGUCUGUUGUGCCCCCUCCCACACCUGCCGGUGUUGCCCACACCUCCAGGGCCCCACCCGCAACCCGGGGUCCUUGCCUGUGCUGUCCCUCACCACCCGAUGGGCCUGGAGGCAGACAGUGGGGGGAGGAGGCAGCCCAGCGCUGCCCUGCGCCCCCUGUGGAGGUCAGAGCACCAGGGCCCACACUCGGAGGGUCCUGCAGGCCCUAGGCCUGGGUCUUCACCUUCCAGGCAGAGGAAUCACGCAGGCACAGGGCCGGGGCCAAAGCCCUGACCUGCCAGCGCUUCUGCGUGCCCUGAGCCCCUCAGGCGGUGCCAAGGGUCAGCUGUUGACAAACCUAAGAAGGCUUUGGGGGCUGCAAGUGGAAGGUGCCCUCCAGGUGGGCUGGCUCCCAGAGGGUACAGACUGUAGGGCCGAGUCUUUCUCCCCAGCACCCCGCUCUCUCUCGGCCGGUCCGGGAGCACCAGGAGCUUUGGGGAGACUGGCUUCUCCAAACCUGCGGUCGGACAAAGGAAGCCACAAAGGCUCCCGAAUGCUGAAGGCUCUUUUCGUUGGGCAGGGAGCCAUCGUGCCUGGCAGGACGGCAGAGCACGAUCCAGGCCACGCAUGCGUGCCGACAAGGGUGAACCCCACCUCCUCGGCCCUCCCACCAGCCAUCUGGGGAACUGGUGACCAGUGCACCCCCUUUGCUCUGUGAAAGAGGCCUUAAUCCCUUGAGCCCAGUCACAUACUUGCAUGCUGGCCCUUCCUCCUGUAAUGCCCGAUGUCCCAGGCCCUCUGGCCACAGGCCCCAAGGAGUAUGGGAGGUCCCGAACUCAGGGUCAGGAGCCCCCAAGAGUCCAGACCUCUCUUUCUCUCUCUGCCCCUUCCCCAGCCAGUUGUGCCAAGCCCAGCCCCACCUUUGUCCCCACUGGAGUGACCCCGGAUAAGCCAAAAAAGUCUAGGACCACUGGACGAAGGGUGGUGGAGUUGAACCCAAGCUCAUUGUCCCGCUGCCUCCUCUGGACUGAGCCACUAACUGACCCCAAGCCCUGGAGGAGGGGCCGGAGCACCAGAGAGGGCCUCUCAAAGAGAUCUGAGGCCCCGGGGGGCCACGCAUCUGGGGGCACUGAGGUCCGGAGAAGGUGAGGACGGGCCAGCCACCCUCCUCUGUACACCUGCUCAGCACCCCCAGGUGCCCGCCCGGCCCCUGAGCUGGUGACCAGGUGCCUCGUCCUCAGACCCCAGGGAGGUGGCAGUUGGCAGAAGCCAUGGCAGAUUUCCUUCUGGCUGAGGGAAAAGGCCUUUCUCCCUUUCUCCCUUUUAGAGUGAAUCUCAGUGUCCACAGUGUAGACUGGAGGCGUCGGCUAUGCUUGCCCCGUGUCCGGGAUGAAAACAUGGUUUCUGGGGCGCUUGGGCAAUGGUGUGGUGGCAGCAAGGGCCUCGGGAAACCAGCGUCCCUCCUCCAUUCCCGGGGUUGAAGGGCACACAGGCGGGGAGGGAGUAUCCCCUUCUCCUCACCGUGUCUCAGUGUUCCCGAGGGGCCCCCACCCCACCCAGUGGCCUCUGGGGCUCCUCCCGCCCCCCCCCCACUCCAGGAAGGAGCUAGAACACACACCCCUCCCCCAUCUUCCAAGAUGACCUCCAGGCCAGGGAUUAAGUGAGUGGGCAGUGGCCUCUGGCCUCCAGGCUAGCCCGGGACCCAGGCUAUGUGGUGUCUCUUCCUUUCCCAAGGCCCUUUUUGGUGCCACCAUGCCGGGGGACGGGACGCUGGACCCCCAGGCCUCUCAUCCAUCUGAAGAAUCCCGCCUGCGCUCAGGGAGGGCGGCAGGCAAAGGCCAGGGACCCAUCAGGCCGAGAGUGACUGGGGGCAGGUUCGGAGCCAAGGUGGGGCCACCAAAGGUCACUGGCCCUUCAAGAAGACCUACAAAAAGCCAGCAUGCCACGGGCUCCCCGAAACGAAGCCAUAUAUCGGACACUGCCCGCUUUCUUGUCUGUCCACGGAAACCAUUGCCAAAUGCGAAGACCAGGUCCCGGCUUGCAGAAGCAAUCUGUGGUUCUAGCAGGUUCUACCCCCUCUGCGUUUGGAUGUCCCGGUAGUUUUUAUUUCAGAUUUUUAAAAAAUAAUUCCGUGUGUGCCACACCUACUUUCUCUCAGUGUUUUAAUAUUGUGUGGAAUUGUUAAUACAAAGUGAAUCAAUCUACAAUAAAAGGCUUAGUUUUCCUUUU